GUCGUUAAUUCAGUUAAAUUUCAGGGUCGCAUGUUCAGACUUUUAGAGUCUACAUCAUGUGUGGUAGCUGCCACCGCUCCAAGCCAAAAGUUUCUCAUUGUUGCUUGGGCUUAUGCAAAAUUUUUGACUUUAAAAUACCAAGACUAAUUAAAUAUGACGAGACAUCCACCUUCCCAAGCAUGAUCCAUAUGAGGAUUAUUUAAUGAUCUCUUCAACAUAACUGACCCUUCAAUCUUUAAUUCCUUUACUAAAACGAAAAGGUCAGACUCAAAUUUGCAGAUCUUUCCCCAAAAGAAUAGUUGUUCUUGACUUGACCCUCUCUCUCCCUGGUUUCAAAAUUUCCUAGCCUCUUUAAACCUGUUUCUGUCAUAAACGUUUUUGUUUGAAAAACAGGCUAUUCAACAUUUAUUUUGGUUUCUAUUUUGAAACCGUUUUUGGUUGGUUCUUGCAAGUUUAAGACAGCUUGGUCAUCUGGGAAGUUGUUUCUAGACUAGGAUUUUUCUUUUGUUUCUCUCCUUGAAUUUUCUUUAACUGAAUUUGGUCUGUUUUGAAAGCGAGUGUUUGGGGCUUUGGAGGGAUUUCAAAUCUUCUAGCAGCUAUUUGUCACUGAGUUUCUCUUGUUGGCAGUUUUAGUGCCGAAGAAAGAUUGAGGUUGUUACACUGGUAGUUGGGAUUUCAGGUUUGCUUCACAAGAAGAUUUGGUUUGUCUGUUUGUCAGAAGAAGUGUCAAGGGCAAGUUCUGAUUCUCAACUGCUUCACUGAUUGCUAUAAGCCUUUUUCUACUGCUCAGCGUUUUUCUUGAGAUAACAGAGAGAGAUCUGUCUGCUUCUUUGUUUUCCUCUUUUAUGUCCUUACUGUGUUUUCACUAUGAAUCAUUCUGGGGCAGCAGUUGAGGUCACAAAGGAUAGAAAUGGAAUUGUUCAGGUUGUGCUUCGGAAUCCUCGAGGGGCAUCUGCAAAGGUUAGCUUGCACGGAGGACAGGUUCUUUCAUGGAGGACAGACCGAGAAGAAGAAUUGCUAUUUACAAGUAGCAAGGCAAUCUUCAAGCCACCAUACGCAGUGCGAGGAGGAAUACCUAUAUGCUUCCCACAGUUUGGUCAGCGAGGAUCACUGGAACAACAUGGGUUUGCCAGGAACAGGACUUGGAUCAUUGAUGAUAAUCCACCACCAUUGCACUCAAAUGAUUCCAGUGGCAAGACCUAUACCGACUUACUGCUAAAGCCAUCAGAAGAUGAUUUGAAGAUCUGGCCACACAGUUUUGAGUUUCGCCUUCGGGUGUCUUUAACAGCUGAUGGGAACCUAAGCUUGAUAUCACGCAUCAGGAAUAUCAAUUGCAAGCCUUUUAGUUUCUCAAUUGCUUAUCACACAUAUUUCUCCAUCUCUGAUAUCAGUGAAGUGAGGAUAGAGGGAUUGGAGACUCUUGACUAUCUUGACAACCUAUGCCAAAGGGAACGCUUCACAGAACAAGGAGAUGCCUUGACAUUCGAAUCUGAGGUGGACAGAAUUUAUCUUGGCUCUAGAGAUAUCAUUGCAAUCUUCGAUCAUGAAAGAAAACGGACCUUUUUAAUACAGAAAGAAGGCCUUCCAGACGUUGGGGUUUGGAAUCCGUGGGACAAGAAAUCAAAAACCAUGGUUGAUUUUGGGGAUGAAGAAUACAAACAGAUGCUGUGUGUCAAUGGGGCAGCAGUUGAAAAACCAAUCAUUUUGAAGCCAGGUGAGGAAUGGACAGGCCGUCUGGAGCUGUCAGUUGUCCCUUCAAGUUAAUGAAGUGGUCAUCAUCUUGAACCCCACAUCAAGCCUCAUCUUCUAAAAAAAUGACAGCAAAUAACACAAAUAAAUCCCCCCACGGCAUCUUUCAACCAAGAGGCAAAGUGAAUCUGUUAAUUUGUAUUCAAUUAUUUAUGAUACUAAGAAAACAAUAAGAGUUUUUAUCACUGCGCACCAAGUGACCAUGAAAAUGUAAAUUCCUGCAAGUGGAGAUCUGUUUUAUUGUUUCUCCAUAAUAGCAAUGACAUAGUUGUUUGACUUGUUUCUACUAAACUUCUGUCUUAUAGAUCACUCUGGAAAAAAAAAAGACAGUCAAUAACAGUCCCUGUUGCCACAGAAAGUGAGCAAAAUAGAUUUUGUUUACUCACUUUCUGUAUAUAUUUCCAUCUCUCUUAUGCAUUACCUGGAUAAAUGGUGCAAAGGAUGAUGAUAGUGUAUGAAUGGCAGGGGAAGCUAGCAGGUCAGCACUCUUACUCGAAUCUUCAUGACCUGAAAUGUAAUACAUUCAGGCGCUAAACAGGUACAGGUUUUAACAAGUCAAGGUAAUCUUAAUAAAAGGAUUGGAGGCUAAACAAUAAAAUCUUCAUUGUGCUUUUGAAACGUAAUAAUAAUGAACGACUUAUGCCUUUGCAAAGUCUGCUGCAAUAUUGUUCAGAGUUCACAGGAAGAAAAAAAUUUAUGGCCAGCUGAGCUACUCUUAUAUCAGAGCCAGGUUUCGAUCCUGGGACCUGUGGGUUAUGGGCCCACCACGCUUCCGCUGCGCCACUCUGAUUGUUGAGAAAAUAUUUAGAAAUUAAAUACUUAAACUAUAUCAAGAGACAUAAAAGCCCACAGUUCUAUUGGGCCAAUAUUACGU